UCUUAAAAAAAAAAAACAAAAACAAAUUUUCUUUCUUUUUAUUGUCUAAAACUUAUUCUCAUUCCCAUUUUCAUUUCCAUUCCCUUUCUGAAAAAAAAAGAAAACCAUGAAAGCACCUUGAAGCCUUCUUUCAGUGCAAAAACCCUGACAGAAACUUAAAUUUCAUGCGAGCUCUGUUGUAAUCUGAAUUUCAAUCUUUAGACCGAAAUUGAAAUGGGAUCUGUAGUCCCAUUUCAAGACCUUAAUCUCAAUCUCUCUCCACCAUGUCCGCCAUCAACCACCGCCGUCUCCGUCGCAACACCGUCGCCGCUAUUGAUCCCAAAAUUGGAACCCAAACUCGAACCACUAGACAGUCUAGUAGAAACACCUCUGCCACAAGAAGAGCCACAAGAUCCGUUAUUUCCCGAUUUUACCCCUAACUUCUUUUCAAAUACCGAUAGUACCCCUACUCCUCCUCCCCCUCCUUCCCAAUCCUCCAUCGAGGAAGACAAUGUAUACUCCGAAUAUCACAGAAUCACCGAACUCUUCCGCACAGCAUUUGCUCAACGCUUGCAACAACAACAAAAUCAACAGCAAUACGCUGACGUUUCGGAUGAUUCUCGCGCAAUCAUACCACUAAAUGACGAAAAUAACCUCACAGUCACAACGAAACCGCACCGUCGCUAUUCUAAACGCUCAUCAGAGCUAGUACGUGUAACCGACUUAGGAUUAGAAGACCAGCGAUAUUUUCGGGAUGUCGUUAGACGCACACGCAUGCUAUUCGACGCGCUCCGGAUCUUUAGCGUUUUGGAGGAGGAGAAACGGCGUGGUGAAGCCCUAGGUAGACGCGCGCGCGGCGAUCUUUUAGCGUCAUCAAUUAUGCGUGACCGUGGGCUUUGGCUUAACCGUGAUAAACGGAUUGUGGGGUCCAUACCUGGAGUUGAAGUUGGAGAUAUUUUCUUUUUCAGAAUGGAACUAUGUGUUGUUGGUCUCCACGGUCAAGUUCAAGCUGGGAUUGAUUAUCUUCCAGCGAGCCAGAGCUCAAAUCGAGAACCUAUAGCGACAAGUGUGAUUGUUUCUGGUGGUUACGAGGAUGAUGAGGAUUCUGGUGAUGUGAUUGUUUAUACAGGUCAUGGUGGACAGGAUAAGUUUUCCAGACAAUGUAUGCAUCAGAAGUUGGAAGGAGGGAAUUUGGCUUUAGAACGGAGUAUGCAUUAUGGUAUUGAGGUGAGAGUUAUUAGAGGAUUUAAAUAUGCUGGUAGUUUUACUAAUAAGAUUUAUGUUUAUGAUGGUUUGUAUAAGAUUCAUGAUUGUUGGUUUGAUGUGGGUAAAUCUGGUUUUGGUGUUUAUAAGUAUAAACUAAUGAGGAUUGUUGGUCAACCGGAAAUGGGUAGUUCUGUAUUAAGGUUUGCGCAGAGUUUGAGGACUGCACCAUUGUCUGUGAGACCUAGAGGUUAUCUUAGUCUCGAUAUUUCCAAUAAGAAAGAGAAUAUGCCGAUUAUGUUAUUUAAUGAUAUUGAUAAUGAUCAUGAUCCUCUGUGUUAUGAGUAUUUAGCUAGGACUGUAUUUCCUCCUUUUGCAUUUAAUCAGGGAAGUAGUGGGACGGGUUGUGAGUGCAUUGGUGGUUGUGUUGAUGGUUGUCUUUGUUCGAUGAAGAAUGGUGGCGAGUUUGCUUAUGAUCAAAAUGGGUUUUUGUUGAGAGGGAAACCGCUGGUGUUUGAAUGUGGUGCUUUUUGUAAAUGUCCACCAAGCUGUCGGAACCGGGUAAGUCAAAAGGGCUUGAAAAACAGAUUGGAAGUGUUUAGGUCGAGGGAAACGGGUUGGGGAGUUCGGUCAUUGGAUUUGAUACAUGCUGGUGAAUUCAUAUGUGAAUAUGCAGGGGUUAUUCUCACAAAAGAUCAAGCUCAAGUUUUCACAAUGAAUGGUGACAGUUUGAUUUAUCCCAAUCGGUUUUCCCCAAAGUGGGCAGAAUGGGGAGAUUUAUCUCAGAUUUAUGCUGAUUAUGUGCGUCCUACAUAUCCCUCAGUUCCGCCUUUGGAUGUCGCAAUGGAUGUGUCAAGAAUGAGGAACGUUGCUUGUUAUUUGAGCCAUAGUUCAACUCCAAAUGCGAUGGUGCAAUAUGUUCUGUUUGAUCACAAUAAUUUGAUGUUUCCUCACCUUAUGCUUUUUGCACUGGAGAAUAUUCCUCCUUUAAGGGAGAUCAGCCUUGAUUAUGGGGUGGCUGAUGAAUGGACGGGGAAGCUUUCCAUUUGCAACUGAAUAGACUUGAAGAGUUUUUGAAACUCUUGCAUGUGUUGUAGCACAACAUCCUGGGGACAUGACGCUAUAAGUCUAAAGUGUUAAAAAGAGUUAAUCAUAGUUUAUGACUGUGAGGUGAGAUUGGGCAGUUGUUUGCCAUAGUUUUCUGACCCCUAUCCUGAAGUGUCUAGUCUUCAUCAUUUUGCCAAAGUUGAUGCUGCCAUCUUUUUAUGGUAUUGGACUAUAGAUAGCUUUCACCUUUUGCAUAUGCUUCGGUGGUUUAUCUCUCUGUUUUCUUCCCUUGAUCUCCAAGUGCUCAAGGCCGAGAGGUGCUUUGACGGUUCAAAAUUGUUUUAUUUUCCUAGUUUUGGGGGUUCGGGCCGGGGACGGGCAACUGGAACUGGGAAUUUUGGGCUAAUGUAUGGAUGCUGCUGUUGUGAAAUCACCAACUCUGUAGACAAUAUAAUCCUGUCAGUGGAACUAUAGGAAGAAGCCAUGUACCCUCUAAUACCAUGGGAAAAUAUUUACCAUAAAGGCCUUUUGCAAGCUUGUAUGCAAGACUGUAUGAACCUUUUCUUUGUACCUAGUGGCUUGUAUAUACCAAAUUCAAAUUUUAUAAGCUUGUACAGGAAUUCCAUCAAUGUUUGCAGAAAAAGCUGUGAAUACUUUUGAUA